GUGUAUUUAUAUCAAAAUAAAGAUCAAUCCUCUCUUUAUUUCUAUUUCUUUUUCUCUAAUGCAUCAUGCCAACGUUACUACAAGCUGCUAGUUUAGUCAUACCAUUGCUCUCUUACGUAUCAUAUCAGUAUGCCAAUAAGGGCCCUUAUUUAAGCACAGCCUGUUUCUUGAUCAAUUAUGGAUGUCCUACUGACUUCCCUAUUCAUGGUUUUGCAGAGGAGCCAUACAAAGAGGCUUAUGACAUCUUUAUUGACAAUUUCAAACGAGGACUCGAAGUUGGAGCAGGCCUUUCUGUAUAUGUAGAUGGCCAUCCUGUGAUUAAUAUCCAAGCAGGUUGGCAAGACUUGGAAAAGAAGAUUGAAUAUACCAACAAUACACUACAAAUGGUGUUCUCGAGUACAAAGGCAUUAGAUGCAAUACUUAUUGCGCAACUGGUAGAUCAAGGACUUUUGUCUUACGAUGAAAAGAUCUCAACUUAUUGGCCUGAAUUUGCUCAGGGCAACAAAGAAAAUGUUACUGUUUCAGAUCUAAUGCGUCACACAGCAGGUGUUGGAGCCUUGGAUCAACCCCUUUCACUUGUCAAUGUCACAGAUCCUGUUGUUUUUGCUAAUAUCUUGGCCAGUCAAUCCCACAAUUUUGAUGGUGAGCCCAAACAUGCUUACCAUGCCAUCACUCAAGGAUGGUAUCAAAACGAGAUUGUACGCCGUGUUACAGGUGGGAAAACCUUAGAUGACCUUGCACAUACAUUCAAGGACACAUAUGGCUCUGAAUGGUACAUGAAACCCGACGUAACAGAAGGCUUGGAUAUCAAUCGCAUAUCGCCUUUCUAUGAACAAUCGACGUUACGCCAAUUCCUUCCUUUGUUCAAGACUUAUUUGAAUCCAUUUGCAGACAGUACAUUUCUUCAGGGUCUGUUUGACAAGAACAGCUUGGUAUCAAAGACAGUUAUAAAUCCUACUAUUGAUCAAACACGCGGAGUCAUAAACAACCGAGAUCCUGUUCAUCGAGCAAUUGAGGCUCCUUCUUAUUCUGGUCAUACCAAUGCAGAAUCUGUAUGUAUAGUCUUUAGAGAGAUACGAGAGACUUAACGUUUGUGCGACUAUAGAUUGCCAAGUUGGCAGCCAUGAUGGCUAACGAAGGUAAAGCCAUUGUUGAAGGAGAACCUGAUUUGAUGUCGGAAAAGACAUUUAAAGAAGCAACAAGCUAUAUUGCUUCCGAAACUGACACAAUCCUUCCUCAUUUCUCUUUUUACAACCUAAAAGGUGGGUUUAUGGUCCUCCCCAACAAGAUUCAUUUCGAUAUUUCAGAUGAAGAAAACAAUUUCGAAGGUGGUGUCGGUUCUGGUGGUUCUGUAUUUAUUUACAACAGAAAAUACAAGAUUGGUCUUGGUUAUGUUACUAAUGGCUAUACAGGCGGCUCUGGUCCUGAUAAAAGAACUUCACGUAUUGUAAAAGUCAUUUUUGAGCAAGUUAAAAAGCAAAAAGAACAUGUAGAAAAAAAGCUGUAAUUUAAACAAUAAAGCAUGAAUAAGAACUGUGUUUUUGAUAAAUUGAUAAGAACAACAGCAAUAAAAAAAAUGA